AAAAGUUUUCACAAACAUUCAAGCAAUACAAGGGGUCGAACUCAUAUGCACAUUACUCUUACUCACUCUCUGCGUGCUUCUGUUUAUUUACAACCAGUACGCCCAGUUUCUCUACGAGAAAUUGCGGCCACGACACGCUUGUGCCUCAGCACGCUUUCAGCACGGCCAACCCUAACCCUAACCCUAACCCUAACCCUGAGUGAGGCUUGUUCCCCACCCCCAUUUUCCCACAACCCCAAAAAAGCUGGGGCGCGGCGGCCACCCCCAAACCCUAGCGCCCAAACCGCCCAGACACCACCGCCAGGUCUCUAA